AUGCGCGCUUUAACCUUUGUUCUAACCACCGUCGCAGCCCUUGUGGCCUUCUCAAGCCUCGUUGCAGCUCAAGACGGACCAGAAAUCACCGAGCCUGCUGUCCUUCCCCCAAGCGAAGAUGAGACGCAGACGUCGACUCCUGAGCUGACACCGGAGGAUGAGUACUUCGUCGAUGACUCGGAAGGGGCGAGAUUGGCCAAGAGAACUCCGCCUGCCGGCGUGUACAUCUGCAACAACAAGAACUGGAUGGCGCCGUGCAGCUGGAACAAGCUCACCGACUCGAGCUGCAUGGACUUUCCUUCAGACGCCGGCUCCUCUGUUGGGCCCCCUGUUGGUUGGCAGUGCAAGAUAUACUAUGCCAAAAACUGCGCAGCGACAAACGGCAUGACGGAUGGGAAAUUGACGUACCCUGGCACAUCGAAUCUUGGAAGCCUCUACAACAACUAUGACAAGCCAGCGUCGAUCAAAUGCAGGCAAUGCCCUCAAGGAACGAACUCGCCUUGUAUUGUGGUGGGUGAACUUGGCGGGAGGUUUGAAGAAGCAAGUGAAGUGGACGGUCCAGCCUGGUUGAUGGUUUUCGUCUCUGUGACGCUCACGCAACUGUACCAGUCGGCUACCGGUGCGACGGCAGAAAACGAUGAACUGGAAAGCCUGACCAAGGAUUUGAAGGCCCUGGUCAAUCAAACUAGAAACCGACCCCCCGGAAUCCCGCAGGGAGAUCGAUUUAGGCUGAGCUAUGCCAAAGGUUUAGGCCUAGAAACCUUUGCUCGACAAUGCAGCGAAGUGGCAGACGAGUUGCUAGAAUGCUUGGACUCGGUCAAAGUCAAAGGCGGAGGGCAGCCUUUGAAGAGCGCUGCUCAAGCAGUGAAAACUGUCUGGAAACAGGACCACAUCGAUUGCCUCCAACGAAGACUUGAUCGAAUCAGCAAGCAGCUAGUGGAUAGCACGAAUUUAGAACAGCUCGAGGAAAUCAAUCAAAGGGUUCGUGAGAUGGCGGUCGAAAAUAGCCGCCUCGAGGUCAACCGCACUCAGGAAAUUGACAAACUUCGUCGAGACUUCAAUUCUGCAGUCGAAGAGAUCGCGACGAAGGCCAACGAAGACCAAGCAUACUUUGCAGAGCAGGUAGUCCUCCAAAGCCUCAGAUUUUCAGCCAUUGAUUCUCGUCACCAAUCAGUCCCGGAGCAGCAUUCACGAACAUUCCAGUGGAUAUUUGAGGAGAAUUCAUCAACUAAGUUUGCCCAAUGGCUGAGAGAAGAAGACGGCGUGUAUUGGGUCUCAGGAAAACCCGGCAGUGGCAAAUCAACCCUGAUGAAGUUUGUGGCUGACAACGAGCAAACGAAACACUAUUUGGAAGCAUGGGCUCGCGACAAGAAGCUCGUUACCGCAAACUUCUUCUUUUGGAGCGCCUCAUCUCACCGUUCGCAGAAAUCAGAGCAGGGCUUGCUGAGAACGAUCCUUUAUCAAAUCCUACGUCAGUGCCCAGAACUGAUACAGAUGGCUUAUUCCGACCAGUGGAUUGCAAUGAAAUCCAAUGGCAAAGGCAAACAGAAGCAAAAGCGCUUAGAAGACUUCGACACCGAAGAGGAGAACAAAGCCGAUUCGCGAAAGCCCGAGUCCAAGCGCUCAUCGACAACCACAACAAAGAAAGAGAGCGAAGCUCGCUCCAAGCGCAAACGCAAGCAAUCCGAUGAUCAGACUGCUGCAGUAGAAGUUGCGCGUCCAACCAAGAAACAAAAGCAGAAGCAGACCUCGAUCAAGCCUGAUGAGAAGCUGCCACCGGCGCAAACCAGCAAACCCGUGGUGAUCAAUCGGGCGCCAGUCCUGCAGCUCUGGGCUGCAUGUGUCUCGCAGGCGCUUUACCCUGCUCUGCCAUGGAGUACCCAUCUGAGCAUCGGCUCUGCCAUCUCCACAUUAUGUGCCAUCUCCAAGGGCCGGGCGAUCGGACUGAUCGACAAGCCAUCCGACGACCCGGCCGAGAGAGCUGAGAAGGAGAGGAAGAAGCGAGCCGCCGAGGAAGGCGCGGACGAUGAAGUCAACGUCAUGCGAUUCAGGCUGUUGUUGAAGGGCGACGGCGCGAUUGUUUCGGGGAAGCCACACAAGGCCAACGAGGAGUUGUUGAGGGCCAAAUUUGGGCAGGGGGGUGGAUACGAAAGGAUCAAGCGUGCCAUGGAGGAGGCGAUCAAGUCAUGGAAGAAGAAGGGCCAAGAGAAAGAGCUUAAUGUAAAGGCCUUCCACAUGUACGAGGAAUUCCGGCCGAGUGUACAGCGCGGACAGGGGGGGUGGGGGAGGAAAGGGGAGUUGAGUCCCGAGAAAAUCCGGGCAGUGGCGUCGAGGGACUGA